UUAUAAUUUAUUUAUUUUUAUUAAAUCAUAACUGUGUACAUUGAUGCAUUUAUGGGGUUCAGUAUACUGAUUUGAUAUACAAUGUGAAAUGCUUACAUUGAACUGAUUAACACAUCCAUCACAAUUAUACUCUUUUCUUAAUAGUUCUGAAAUAUACCAUUGUAUCAUGUAAGUGCUCAUUUUGGUUUGUGUAACCAGGGCCUGGAGUAUAAUAGGAAUAGCUUCAUUAAACAGAUUAAUAAUAAUAAUAACAACAAUAAUAAAGAUCUCCCAUAAAAGCUCUCAUUAGCUGUUCUACAUUUUACUUAUAAAAACUAUUAAUCUAUUUUCAUGACAGCUUAGUAAAAAUCAGUCUACAACUAUGAUUUGGGUCUCCUCAAAAGCCCCUAUUUUCCAAGUAGACACCAUAUAUGAAAGUAUUAACUAGAAAUAAAGUAUUAAUACAACUAUCCCCAUAUUAGAGGCCCCAUACAAAAAAUAAGAGCUGUUCCUAAACAAACAUUUUUAAAUAUCCACAGUGAAAGUUCUUAGAUGCAAGUACAUUCAUAUAUUAUCACCAGGCAACAGAGUUUAAAUUCAAAUGUAAAUCUGUCCAUUACAUUUUUGGAGAGGCCUUUGGUGAGUAAAUCCCUCAACCACCUCUUUACCACCCCGUGCCUUCUCCCUUUUCCUUCCCUAGGACCAUCUAUUUAUCUUCAGCCUCCGUGGUGGGGCAAAUCCGUAUCUUGAGCUUCAAGCCCCGCGUGGGACUCGCGGUAAACAUGGCUCUGUUUGUUCUUCAGCGGCCCUCCUUUGUAUAAACAGAUGUGGUGGGGAGGGAAGGAAAGCCAGAUCCCUGUGAGGGCAGGGAGGUCUCCUUUCUGGAGAAGCUUCCCAGCUGCAGACAGGAGCACAGGAACAGGACACAUUUCUUUGUCAGGCCUUGGAACUUGCUGUUCUUCCAGAGAGGGGAUGUUCUUCUUGCUCUCUCCUCCACCCUCAGCUCUCCACCCCCAGCCUUUGUUCCUGGGAAUGCUGUCUCAAUGUCUCCAUUUCACUUUUGCCAAAGCUAACAUUUCCAACAAGGCUCACGUUAAGGAGAUAUCAGGAGGGCAAUUUUUUUUUCUUUCCUUCUCUCCAAAUACACUGUAGACUGGGGUUAGGGAAGCCAGCCACUCACACCUGUACUUUUCCUAUAUUCCUAUGCUCCGGUGCUUUUGUAGCCUUGUUGCUUACUGUCUUCAGCUAUUAAGUGGGAAGAGUUGAAGGGUUGGGAGUUGUCAGCUUGUAAAAUAACAAUCCAUUUUCUCAGACUCUGUUGAUGUGGACUCGGCCUUUAUUUAGCACUUUCCAUUUUGCACCUUAGUUAUGGAUGCUAAUGAAGGGAGGACUCUUUCAGAGCUUGGGGAGAAGUGGGUGGGGCUGAGCAUUUUGUAAGGCAAUCUCAAAGAGGAAUUCUCCUUGGCCUUUUGGUCUUCUACCUGUGCUCAGAACUUAGUUUGUUAAUCCUCAUUCAGAGGCAAGGAGGGUGACUCCUAUGUUUGACCUUGGAGGGAUCUUGUGUCUUCUACUCGAGAGGAUCAAAAUUCUGGCGGCCUCAAUGGUGGUUCUUGUCCAGCAAAGGAACAAAGGGGAGAUCCCUGGAAAGGGUUCCGUUUAAGGCAGGGAAUAAGGGCUUUGGUGAAAGUGGUGAGGCAGAGCUGCACUGCUCUGUGCUGCUCUCUCUCCAGGAACGCUGGGGAAUCCUGAGUGAGGCUCCCAGAGCUGUGGCCAAGAGGUCAGAGGAGUCAGAGGGGGAAGGGUUCCGGUUCUAGGGCAGCUGUGGAGGAGCAGAGCGGCAGCUCCGAUGAAGACAUGCAGUUCCCAGUCUGUCUAUAAAAGUAAGUGAAAGGGAAAAGCGGUCUUUAAAAUCAGAUAAGUAAUAAGAAGUACUUGAUUUUUUAGGAGCCACAAUGAUACUCUAUAAUCCUUCUAGCUAGUAAUCGUCCCCUCUCCAGACUGGAGAUGGGGCAGGAAGUUUGCAGUCGACACCCAGAGGCCUCAUCUGUCCCUUUUCCCUGGAAGAAAUAAAAAAAGAGGAGGUUAGCUUCCAAGGACAGGCCAGCUGGAAGAUGAGCGGGACCCCCCACUGCAGGCCACACUGCAGCUGAGAGCAGGUCCCGUUGGAAGAGCGCGCGGGCGGCCCGAGUCUCGGCGGCGGCAGCAACGGCGGCGGCGGCGCUGACACCUUCCACCAUGGACAGCUUCGACUUAGCCCUGCUCCAGGAAUGGGACCUCGAGUCGCUGUGGGGUGAAGACAUCUUAAACCAGAGGAAUGACUCUCUAGUUGUGGAAUUUCAAUCAUCAGCCAGCAGAUGCAGGAGUGUCUAUGAACCAGAUAGAAAUGCGUUACGGAGGAAAGAACGGGAAAGAAGAAGUCAGGAAACUCAGCAGGAUGACGGCACGUUUAAUUCCAGCUACUCUCUCUUCAGUGAGCCUUACAAGACUAACAAGGGGGAUGAGCUCUCCAAUCGGAUCCAGAAUACUUUAGGCAAUUACGAUGAAAUGAAAGACUUUUUAACUGACAGAUCCAACCAGAGUCACCUCGUUGGUGUUCCCAAACCUGGGGUUCCUCAGACACCUGUGAACAAGAUUGAUGAACAUUUUGUUGCAGAUUCAAGAGCCCAGCCCCAGCCCUCAUCUAUUUGCAGUACUGCGUCUUCUGCACCAGCAGCUGUCCCUGUGCAGCAGACUAAGAGAGGCACCAUGGGCUGGCAGAAGGCUGGGCAUCCUCCCUCCGAUGGUCAACCGCGAGCAACACAACAGGGCUCUCUCAGGACCUUGCUUGGAGAUGGUGUUGGCAGACAGCAGCCGCGGGCCAAACAAGUGUGCAAUGUGGAGGUGGGUCUUCAGACCCAGGAGAGGCCACCAGCCAUGGCAGCCAAGCACAGCAGCGGUGGACACUGUGUUCAGAACUUUCCUCCAUCCCUGGCUUCGAAACCCAGCCUGGUCCAGCAGAAACCGACUGCGUAUGUGCGGCCGAUGGAUGGCCAAGACCAGGCUCCUGAUGAAUCUCCUAAGCUUAAGUCAUCUACAGAAACCAGUGUGCACUGUGCUUCAUACAGAGGUGUCCCAGCCAGCAAGCCGGAAUCAGCCAGAACCAAGGCCAAGCUUUCCAAGUUCAGCAUCCCCAAGCAGGGAGAGGAAAGUAGAUCUGGAGAAAGCAACAGCUGUGUUGAAGAAAUAAUUCGGGAGAUGACCUGGCUUCCACCACUUUCUGCUAUUCAAGCACCUGCAAAAGUGGAACCAAGCAAAUUCCCAUUUCCAAAUAAGGACUCUCAGCUUGUAUCAUCCGGACACAAUAAUCCAAAGAAAGGUGAUGCGGAGCCAGAGAGUCCAGACAAUGGCGCAUCGAACACAUCAAUGCUAGAAGAUGACCUUAAGCUAAGUAGUGAUGAAGAAGAAAGUGAACAGCAGGCAGCCCAGAGAACUGCUCUCCGCGCUCUCUCUGACAGCACGGUGGUCCAGCAGCCCAACUGCAGAGCCUCGGUGCCUUCCAGCAAGGGCAGCAGCAGCGGCAGCAGCAGCGGCAGCAGCAGCUCCUCCAGUGACUCAGAGAGCAGCUCCGGAUCCGACUCGGAGACGGAGAGCAGCUCCAGCGAGAGCGAGGGCAGCAAGCCCCCCCACUACUCCAGCCCCGAGGCUGAACCAGCUUCCUCUAACAAAUGGCAGCUGGAUAAAUGGCUAAACAAAGUUAAUCCCCACAAGCCUCCUAUUCUGAUCCAAAAUGAAAGCCACGGGCCAGAGAGCAAUCAAUACUACACCCCCGUGAAAGACGAGGGGCAGGACUGUGGGAAACUUGCCGACACCUGCCAAAGCAGCCUGAGAGAGAAGGAAAUCAAGAGCACCUGCAAGGAGGAGCAGAGGCCCCGGACAGCGAACAAGGCCCCCGGGAGCAAAGGGGUGAAGCAGAAGUCCCCGCCCGCGGCCGUGGCCGUGGCCGUGGCCGUGACUGCAGCCCCGGCGCCACCCACGGCGCCUGGUGCACCCGUGGAGAAUGCACCCGCACCUGCCCGGAGGUCGGCAGGCAAAAAGCCCACCAGGCGCACCGAGAGGACCUCAGCUGGGGACAGCGCCAACUGCCACCGGCCUGAAGAGCCUGUGGCCACAGAAGCUCUGGGAGCAAAUGUGGUGGUCCCCUCAGAGCCCACCAAAACCAGGCCCUGCGGCAACAGCAGAGUGAACCACCGCAAGGAGCUGCGCUCCUCGGUGGCCUGCGAGAAGCGCCGCACGCGGGGCCUGAGCAGGAUCGUCCCCAAAUCCAAGGAGUUCAUUGAAACAGAGUCAUCGUCCUCGUCGUCUUCCUCGGACUCUGACCUGGAGUCUGAGCAGGAGGAGUACCCUCUGUCCAAAGCGCAGACCGUGGCUGCCGCCACCUCCGGGAGUGACCAGAGACUGAAGGAGGCUGCCAACAGCGUCGGCAGCAGCAGCGGGGGCGGCCCCAGGGCCCCCGUGGGUUCCAUCAACGCCAGGACCACCAGUGACAUUGCCAAGGAGCUGGAGGAGCAGUUCUACACACUGGUCCCCUUUGGCCGCAAUGAACUUCUCUCCCCUUUGAAGGACAGUGAUGAGGUCAGGUCUCUCUGGGUCAAAAUUGACCUGACCCUCCUGUCUAGGAUCCCAGAACACUUGCCCCAGGAGCCAGGGAUCUUGAGCGCUCCUGCAGCCAAAGACACAGAAAGCGCACCGCCCAGCCACGCAUCAGACACGGCCCCUGAAAAGGCUUUGCCGAAAUCCAAGAGGAAACGCAAGUGUGACAACGAAGACGACUACAGGGAGAUCAAGAAGGCCUCGGGCGAGAAAGAGAGCUCUUCACGCCUGGCCACUUCCGCCAAUAAUACUUUGUCUGCAAACCACUGUAACAUGAAUGUCAACAGUGUGGCAAUACCAAUAAAUAAAAAUGAAAAAAUGCUCCGGUCGCCCAUCUCACCCCUCUCCGAUGCAUCUAAACACAAAUACUCCAACGAGGAAUUAACGUCUUCCAGCCGAUCAAAUGGCAGCAGCUUAUUCACUUCUGCUUCUUCCAACAAAAAGCAUAAAGCCGACAACCAGCUGCAGUCUCAUGCCGGAGACCUCACGAAAGCGGCUCAUACUUCCGAAAACGUUCCCCACCACAAGUCACGGCCACAAACGGAGCCGUGGUCUCCAGGCUCCAAUGGCCACAGGGACUGCAAGAGGCAGAAACUUGUCUUCGAUGAUAUGCCUCGCAGCGCAGACUAUUUUAUGCAAGAAGCUAAACGGAUGAAGCAUAAAGCAGAUGCAAUGGUGGAAAAGUUUGGAAAGGCUUUGAACUACGCCGAAGCAGCUUUGUCAUUUAUUGAGUGUGGAAAUGCAAUGGAACAAGGCCCCAUGGAAUCUAAAUCUCCUUACACGAUGUAUUCAGAAACAGUAGAACUCAUCAGGUAUGCUAUGAGACUAAAAACCCACUCAGGCCCCAAUGCCACACCAGAGGAUAAACAACUGGCCGCGUUAUGUUACCGAUGCCUGGCUCUCCUGUACUGGCGGAUGUUUCGACUCAAAAGGGACCAUGCUGUAAAGUACUCGAAAGCACUCAUCGACUAUUUCAAGAAUUCGUCUAAAGCUGCCCAAGCCCCAUCUCCGUGGGGGGCCAGUGGAAAGAGCACUGGAACCCCAUCCCCCAUGUCUCCCAACCCCUCUCCCACCAGCUCCGUGGGGUCCCAGGGCAGCCUCUCCAGCACCAAUGCCCUGUCCCCGUCAACCAUCGUCAGCAUCCCGCAGCGCAUCCACCAGAUGGCAGCCAACCAUGUCAGCAUCACCAACAGCAUUCUGCACAGCUAUGACUACUGGGAGAUGGCCGACAACCUGGCCAAGGAAAACCGAGAAUUCUUCAAUGACCUGGAUCUGCUGAUGGGCCCCGUCACCCUGCACAGCAGCAUGGAGCACCUGGUCCAGUACUCCCAGCAGGGCCUGCACUGGCUGCGGAACAGCACCCACCUGUCCUAGGGACCUCUCCCCUGAGCCAGCUCGUGCUCUGGUCUCCACACACGGCUCCACAUUUCUGGACACUGUGCUACUGAAGUUCCUGGCCACAGCAUCUACAAACUCCAGUGAACAUUCCCUGAGCAUUGAACAGUGGUCUUUUCCCAGGGCAUGUGUGUUUGUAUGUGUGCGUGUGUGAGAAGCCGCCUGUGUAGGUGUGUCAGACACACAGCUCUUCAGAACACAUCUCUCUGUCUAGUUUCCAAGGCUAGACAAAGUGACCAGAGGUUCCUGAUUAGAAAAGUACACACAGACACACGCACACAGACACACACAAUCACACACACACACUUUCUAUGCUAAUGCUAAACCAUGACUUUUUAAAAAAUUCAACCAAAAUCUUGUGCGUUAGUUAACCAGGUGCAAUACAGCACACCCAAAGCUUGACUGCCAGUUAAGAUGAAUCUAGGUCUUAUACUAUUGAUUACUUUCAGUGUUAAUAUACUAUGCCCCCAAUUAUUUUUGAUUGGUAUGUAUUAAUGGGUAAUUGAAUAACAAAAAUAAGUCAGUUAUUUUUGUGCCAGAAGUUUACUAGAUUGCAUGUUACCACAUACCCUGCCCUUCCUCUGAUACAUUUCCCUCAUCUGACUUUAUUACCAAUGAAACACAUUACAAGCAAAUGGAUCAAUUCCCCCAGGCUUUGCCUGCUCUGUCCCCAAAUAGUACGAAAAUGGCAUUGAGAUUGGGUAAAAAAAAAAAAAAAAAAAAUUCAGUGUCUUUGAAGUUAACAAACAUUAAAGCAGGGAUGGCUGUGUUUGGAGCUCAGUUAGGAAUUGGAAUCUUCUGCACCUGUGACAAGCCCACUAGGCACAGGCAUUUCUUCUUCCUGCCACUGUGACUUGGUGACUGUAUAGCCACGUGGCAUUUGCCAAACAAUAUGUUUCAAGUCUUUUUCCAUAAUAGCUUUCUUACAAGUUUUCUUGGCCAAAGGAGGACAUUAGCUAGAAUGUCCCUUCACUGGGAGUCUGUAACUUUGGCUUAUCAGGCUAAGAUCUAUUUGCUGCAGUUUGGCCGGGGCUGGGUUUGAACCCACCACCCUUGGUAUAUGGGGCCGGCGCCCUGCUCACUGAGCCACAGGCGCCACCCAGAUCUAUUUGCUAUAGUAAUGCUGUCUGAGUCUCCCACCCUUCACACAGAAUGUGCCAGUGCAGGCCUUCCAUGCAUUUUGAUUUGGGGUGUACUUUUCAGGCUUUGGUUAUUAAGCUGCUUACAAUCCAGAGGACGUUUCUCCUGCAACGAUCACAACUUUGUUGGGGGUAGCAACAAUCGGCAUCUUACUUGUAUCUUAUACGUCUGUUAUGUUUACAUCUUUCUCAUAGUUUUCCUUUUAUUUUAUUUUUUUAAUUAAGUUUACAUUAUAGGUUUUGACAUCUCGUUUACAGUUUUUGUCUGAAGUUUAUUUCUUUUAUAGUAUUGUAUCAUACCCUAGAUUUAGUAUUUUUGUUAAAUAUAUUUGGAUAUGAAAUAUUGGUAAAAGGAAAAUAAUUCCAGAAAAAAAGGUAUAUCUUGCCAUGUCCUUGAGGCCUCCUCUUACUUGACAGAAUUGUACCAGGAUGUUCUGAGAAAGGUAGAUGAUACAAUAUAUGGAGCAUUCCUUUUUUUCAAGGUAAUGGUGGGUCAGAAUAUUUACAGUAGAUGCGUUUGCUGAUAUUCUUACAGGUUGGGUUACACUGUUAACAUUUUUUUCAUCCCGGUCUGUGGGUGGAAAAUAAGUUUGCUGUAAUUCCCUAACUCUAAGCACUGAUUUAAAACUAUACAAAGGAUCAAACAACUUUAGUGAUUUGAAGUUAAUUGAAAAUGAAAAAGUGGAGGGCUUGUAAAAUUUACAUUUGGCUUCGGCCUUCAAGCAUUUGAAAAUACUUCCAAAUAUUUCCAUUUUAAAUUUAUCCAACUGUGGUGCUUGUUGCAUCUCUUUUGCUAAUUAUUGCAGAGUUCAUGAUCCCAUCCUCUAUAGGAAAUUUGAACCUAAAAAAUUUUGAGUCUUUUUUUUUUUGGCAGGACUAAGACUUCAUUCUACUUAGGCUUGGUAAGUUCUGAUGAAAUACUGAAACACUCACAUAAAGGGAUGAACCUCCAGUCCUGUUCUGCACCCCAGGAAGCUGUUCUGGUCUUGCCCAUCACUAAAGUUUCAAGCUUGAUUGUGGCAUCCAGGUGACGUGCUUCCCUGGGAAGUCCCAUUUAGCAGCUGGCUUCUGGCUGGUCAUACCAGUAGCAUUUAUCAGCACUCUGAUGACCCAGUCUGACGACCAAAACUUUUUGAAACUGGUCAUUUGGGGGGAUGAUCAGACCAUGGAGCUCCUCCCAGUACCUCUCAUUUUCAUCUAUUCAGCAUGUCAGGGCAGCAGUCUCUGUUGGGUUUGGCAUAAAUGAUUUUGGUAAAACCAUCUUCUAAUUGUUGUCUAGGAAAGUCAUUCAUAACUCAUUCGUUUUAUUUAGUUUUGUUCCAAGUUGAAAUGUCUUUCUUGUAUUUUCUGAUUAUAAAAGUAAUACCUGCUCAUUGUAAAAAUUCAAAAAAUAUAGAAAUGUAGAAAAUGUAAGUCCCUGGUUUCCCAUCCCCCCUAAAACAACCACUGCUCACAGUUGGAUGUAUGUCCUCCCAGAGACUCUAGAAUUUAAAGGUUACUUUCAUUACCACUUCUUUCUGUUUGAAGAUAUAUUCUUUCCUCAGACAUUCAACACAAGUUCAACUAACCUUAUCCCUCCAUGACCUGAACGGGUGCCAUCCUUUAUCACAAUGUUAAAUUAUCUUUGAGAGAGAAUAGCCCAAAUAUAUUCCUUAUUAAAAUUUGGCAUUUGUUACUGCUCUACGCAGAUCAGACUCCUGCAGAAUUGUGCCUGGAGAGAAAGGUUUGGUUGAAACAGACAUUUCUGGAAACUUUCAAAUUGCAAAUGGAAACUUGGACACACUAUCUAAAAAGGAACGUACUGGAAAAACAAUCUGAAGAGUUGACAAAUUGUGUACUAGAUUGAACACAUGGAAUGCAAUGCAACAAGACUUUCUGCACUAAAACUUAUCCUAAUAUGUACAACAAUGUUGUGUGUAUUAUAUAACAGUGAUGUGUACAUUUCUGACACCCCAUCCAUAAUAUACACAGUUUGUAUAAAUACAUACAUUUAAAAAUAUAUAUGUACAAUACAGUUAACAUAAAACUGUAGUACGCCUGAAGGAUAUUCUAGUGCCUAAUAUUGAGUAUAAGUCCUGCGUGUUCCCAUCACCUUGGAAGUGCAGUAAUUGUUAUAAAAUUAGUGCAGCAAACAUUAUUUAUGAAUCACAUCUUUGAAACUGUGCAGUAGUAUAUACAUAUAUAUUUUUAAAUAACAUUUUUCACAGUUUUCCAGAGUUACUGUUGAAAUCUGUAUCACCAAAAAGGAAAAAAAAAAAGCAAGAUUUUUUUAAUGAUAUAGACACUCUUCAGACCCAAUCAUCUGCGUGUGAUUUCCUGUUUGUAGAUAGCAAGAGACUUUAGCAGUCACCAGCCUUAAUGCAUGUACAGGAUAUUAUUGUGACUUAAUUUAUCUGCAGUUUUUAAUCCAUGUGAAAUUGGAAUUUAUAAAUGGACUUGGAUUAAAUAUGUCUGCCUUUCUAAGGUCGUAAACGUUACAUUAAAUGACUUAUGUUGUAAA